UUUUCUUUACUCAAUUCAUCCAAAACGCAACUAGCAUUUUCACAUACUCUCUCUCAGCAAACUAUAUAUAUUUUUUACUUUUGAUCGCAGCAAGCGCUUUUCUUCUCUCUUCUCUUUUUUCUUCACUAUUCAAUAAAAACUUACUUUUUUUGUUGUUAUACUUUUGUUUAUACUAAGCCUCAUUUUUUUACACACCACUUAUCCUUUAUUUCACAACCAACUACUUGCCAGAAUCAAAACAUGAGCGGCAACACCGAGACCUUCAGCUUCCAGGCUGAGAUUUCUCAGCUGAUGAGCCUUUUCGUCAACGCUGUUUACCAGAACAAGGAGAUUUUCCUGCGCGAGCUCAUCUCCAACGCCAGUGACGCCCUCGACAAGGUCCGCUACCAGUCACUCACCGACCCCUCGGUGCUUGACUCGGGCAAGGAUCUCAGGAUCACCAUCAUCCCCGAUGUUGCCAACAAGGUGCUGAUCAUCCGCGAUACCGGUAUCGGUAUGACCAAGGCCGACCUCAUCAACAACCUGGGUACCAUCGCCAAGUCGGGCACCAAGUCCUUCAUGGAGAUGGUCCAGGAGACCAAGGACGCCUCUAUGAUUGGUCAGUUCGGUGUCGGUUUCUACUCGGCCUACCUCGUUGCCGACGAGGUCGAGGUCAUCUCCAAGCACAACGACGACGAGCAGUACAUCUGGCGCUCGAGCGCUGGGCAGAACUUCACUGUCACCCGUGACACCGUUAACGAGCCCAUUGGCCGCGGUAGCGAGGUCCGUCUGCACCUUAAGGAGGACCAGCUCGAGUACCUCGAGGAGCGCCGCAUCAAGGAGGUCGUGAAGAAGCACUCCGAGUUUAUCUCCUACCCCAUCCACCUCAUCUUCCAGAAGGAGGUUGAGAAGGAGGUCCCCGUCGACGAGUCCGAGGAGGCUGCUGAUGACGAGGAUAAGGACGAGAACAAGGCCAAGAUUGAGGAGAUCGAGGACGAAGACGAGGAGAAGCCCAGCGCCAAGACCAAGAAGGUCAAGCAGAACGAGACCGUUGAUGAGGAGCUUAACCAGACCAAGCCCAUCUGGACCCGCAACCCCGACACCGUCCAGAAGGAGGAGUAUAACGCCUUCUACAAGUCGCUCACCAACGACUGGGAGGACCCCCUGGCUGUCAAGCACUUUUCGGUCGAGGGCCAGCUUGAGUUCCGUUCCAUCCUCUUCACCCCGCAGCGCGCCCCCUUCGACCUGUUCGAGGGCAAGAAGAAGCGCAACAACAUCAAGCUGUACGUGCGCCGCGUGUUCAUCAUGGACGACUGCGAUGAGCUGAUCCCCGAGUGGCUUAACUUUGUCAAGGGUAUUGUCGACUCUGAGGAUCUGCCCCUCAACCUGUCGCGCGAGGUCCUGCAGCAGAACAAGAUCCUCAAGGUCAUCCGCAAGAACCUCGUCAAAAAGUGCAUUGAAAUGUUCGCCGAGAUUGCCGAGGAUAAGGACAACUUCAACAAGUUCUACGAGGCGUUCGGCAAGAACAUCAAGCUCGGUAUCCAUGAGGACUCGCAGAACCGCGCCAAGCUCGCCGAGUACCUGCGCUACAACUCGACCAAGUCGACCGACGAGGUCACGUCGCUCAAGGACUACAUCACUCGCAUGCCCGAGAACCAGAAGUUCAUCUACUACAUCACUGGUGAGUCGCGCCAGGCUGUCGAGUCGUCGCCCUUCCUGGAGGUGCUGAAGCGCAAGGGCUACGAGGUCCUGUUCCUUGUCGAUCCCAUCGACGAGUAUGCCGUCCAGCAGCUCAAGGAGUACGAGGGCAAGGAGCUCAAGUCGAUCAGCAAGGAGGGCCUUGACCUCGAUGACUCUGAGGACGAGAAGAAGAAGUUUGAGGAGCAGAAGAAGGCUCUCGAGCCCCUGUGCGCCGCCGUCAAGGAGAUCCUCGGCGACAAGGUCGAGAAGGUCGUCGUCACCGACCUCAUCUCGGAGUCGCCCUGCGUUAUUCUCACCGGUCAGUUCGGCUGGUCCGCCAACAUGGAGCGCAUCAUGAAGUCGCAGGCCCUGCGCGACUCGGGAGGCAUGUCAUCGUACAUGGCGUCCAAGCGCACCCUGGGUCUGCAGCCCACCCACCCGAUCAUCCGCGAGCUCCAGGCCAAGGUUGCUGCCGACAAGAACGACAAGACCGUGCGUGACCUCGUCAACCUCAUGUACGAGACGUCGCUGCUGGCCUCAGGCUUCAGCCUCGAGGACCCCUCGACCUUCGCCAACCGCAUCUACCGCAUGGUCAAGCUUGGCCUGAGCCUCGAUGAGGACGAGAGCGCUAUCGCCCAGCCUGACUCUGCCGACGCCCCCGCCCUCGAGGAGAUCACCGACUCCAACAUGGAGGAGAUCGACUAAUUGUAAUUCGCCCCCCUUUCCUAUGUUUGUGUCCAUUUUUUUCAAUAAAAAUAUACUAAAAUAAUU